AUGAAGUCUGCCGCUCUCUUCGCUGUGCUUCUCCCCUUUGCGGUUGCUGCUCCUGCAGCGGAUUGGAGUGUGGACGGUCUCUCCCUGGCUCCUCGUGGUGGCAAGACAUGCCCUGUUAUCCAGCCCAUUGCCCCCACUGGCCAGCUUCCUCCCGGCUCCCUCAACCCAACCUUCCUCCAGGUUGUCUCCAAGAAGCACCCCAACAAGGCUCUUCCCGCCGGCCAGACGGCCCAGGUUACCCCCGGCGACUUGUGCACCCUCACCAAGUUCGACAUCCCCGCCUCGGCCAAGGGCAAGACAUGCAGCCUUGUCCUCAUGCUCGGUGAAUGCGAGUGGACCGGCCCCAAGGAGACGGGCCCCGGAAACAUCAGCUUCCAGGGCAACACUGGCAAGAGGUUCCCCAUCCCCGGCCAGACCACCUUCAACAACCAGCCCGAGCUUGCGGCUCCCUUCAAGGAUGCUCCCGUCAUCAAGGUUGGCAACGCCUACCGCCUCGGCGGUGGUCCUUGCGACUACAAGGAGGGCCAAGCUUUUGCCAGCGUUGGUGGCAGCAUUUGCAGUGACGACACCUCCCUGAAGUUUACCCAGAGCCAGGGCGGAUGGGGACGCUGCCCCGUUGGAUUCCACAUCAUCAUCUCCUAA